AGAUUGAGUCUAGUUCACGCCAAUUGUUUCUCUCUCUAGCUCCUCUCUCUCUCUAAAACAUAUUUUCCCAAUAUUUUAUUCCCACACCCCUUCCUUCUCAUCAACAUCUCGAUUUACUAUAAAACAAGUCUCACUUCUAAUUUUCUUGUACUAGUGGUUUCUUGUUCUUGUACAAUAUCAAAAUACAUACAUAAAUACAUACAUGUAUACAUACACACAUGUGUCUCUAUAUAUAUACUUGUCCACUUUUUUUGAUGGUUUAUUAUAAGAGCUAGGACUAUAGUGCACGACUUUCAAGAACUCAUAACCACUUAGUUUUUUUUUUCUUCCUUUCUUUUUUUUUAUUUAUUUUUUAUUAAUGGAGAAACUCAACCCCGUGAAAAAUGGUGGUGCUCUGAGAUUGCCACCUGGAUUCAGAUUCCACCCCACUGAUGAAGAGCUCGUGGUACAAUACUUGAAGCGCAAGGUCCAAUCAUCCCCCUUGCCUGCUUCUAUUAUCCCACAUGUUAAUGUCUGCAACUCUGAUCCUUGGGAUUUGCCAGGUGAUUCAGAGCAAGAGAGGUAUUUUUUCAGUAAAAGAGAGGUGAAAUACCCGAAUGGGAACCGGUCGAACCGGGCCACCGGGUCGGGUUACUGGAAGGCAACCGGGUUGGACAAGAAAAUUGUGAGCUCCAAAAAUAAUGAAGAAAUAAUUGUAGGGAUGAAAAAGACACUUGUUUUCUACAGAGGGAAGCCUCCAAAGGGCUGCAGAACUGACUGGGUUAUGCAUGAAUUUCGCCUCACUACUCAACAAAUACAACCCAAUAAUUUAUCCCUCCAGGAGAAUUGGGUACUUUGCAGAAUAGUAUUGAAGAGGAGGAAUAAUAAGAAGAAUGGUGAUGACGUGGAUGCGAGUAAUUCGGGUCGGGUUUAUUACGAUUUUAUGGGGAAGGAGAGGGAUGCUGAUUUGACGAAUUCGAGUUCGGGUUCGAGUGGGAUUACGGAGAUUUCGAACCGAAAUGAAUCGGAUGAUAACGAAGAAAGCAGCAGCAGUUGCAGCACUACUUUUAGAAGGAAGGAAUUUCCUUAAAUGAAAUGGAUAAAAAAAAAUUAUCCACUAAUUAAAAUUUAGAUUUUCUUCAGGCAAUCAAUCAUCAAUCCCUUUUUUUUAAGAUUAAUAACCUUUGAACACCUCUGUCACUUCUUGAGAAAAUGGAAAGAACAAAAAGAAAAAAAAACAGAGGAGAAGGGGAUUUAAAUGGUAGUUUAAAUUGUUUUUUUU